UAUACAUAAAGCAUAAGAAACGAGGAUUUCCUUAAACGUGUGAAAUGAAAAAAUCCAGGCCAAGACUCCGAAACACAAGCAAGCUGGUUCGCGCUUUAACAUCAUGAAUGCACAUGCAGGCGCCAUGCCAACAUCAGCUGAAGAGCUGGCACAAAAGCAUCAAAAGCUUCUUCAAGAAUACUCUCGGCUAAAGGCUCAGCAUACUGUUUUGAAAAAAGGACUUAUUAAGGAACAAUCGACUACAGCCUCAUUGCAAGGAAACGUCAAAGAGAAAGAAAAGGAAUUGCGAAAGCUACAAGAACAACUGGACCUUUUGGCAUUUCAUAAUGAGCGAUUAACAAAGCGUAUCGAAUCCGUGCAAGAAGGUGAUCAGAAAGGAUCACAUUUCUCACUUCUUGGCGGUGCUGUCAAGAAAGAGUUGGAGAAAAGUACACAAGCGCUGGAUGCAGCAAAUAUUGAUUUAGCGAAAAAGAUUGAAGAAAAUGAGCGCUUGCACGAAGAGCUAUCCGAGAAUCGUCAUAUUUAUACCGAGCACGUCAAUGGCUUGCACUUACAAAUAGCCAAUUUUGAAAAGCGUAUUGAAGAAUUGCAGGUCGAAAUAUCCACGAUGCAAAAGGACCGGCGUGACCAGGCUGCAGGAUUGAAGCAAGAAAAAACUGCGCUUCAGACGGAGCUUACUAACCUGAAAAAUGAACUAGCCGAGAAGACAAAACUUUUAAAUGAUCAAGAAAGCAAUAUCAAGGAGGAUGAUGCAGAAUUGCGGUCAGAAAUUGAGAGUCUGCGCGCCAUCUUGUUAGCUAAACUGGGGGAUAUAGAAGGACGAGAAGAAGCUGAACCGCCGAGUUUAUUCCAAGCUGUUCCAGCCUGUGAAGCAUUACGUGUUUUGGAAGAACAGGCGAAAAACUAUAUCUACGCGUUACGGGAACAAACAUCUCUCAAGGGGCUACCCCAUGAGAUUGCUGCUAAAAUAAAGACAUCCAGUGAAACCUGGUCUGAACAAACUAAGGCACUGGCAAAGCGCGUUGAAGAAUCAGAAGCACGAACAAAGGAACUUUUGGAAUCAAAGCAACACGGAGAUAGCAAAUCAGCAGAGCAAAUGGCAGCAUUGGAAAAGACAAUAGAGCAGCUUCGGGUAGAAUUAAAAGAGCAAAAUGAUAAUGAACGGAUAGCCCACCUGGAACAAGAAAAUGCACGUCUGGAAGAGCAAAUUCAGAAACAAGUAAACGAUCUAAAGUCAGCACAAGAAGAACUGGAUGCAGCUCGAUCUACCAAUGAACGUCUCGAUAAAGAAGCCAAAGAGGCCAUGGCGGCAGCAGAAGCAGCAAAAGAGGCAGCCACAGCGGCUACCGCAGCAUCGUCAAAAACAACUGAUGAUAAAGAAACACAAGCCAAUUUAUCACCAAAACCCGAUACCAAGCAACUACCAGAAGGACAAGAUGAGGAAGAAGAAAGUUUUGUAUACCAAUCAACAUCAAAAGCACAAGACGAGCAAAAUCCAUCUACACAACAAAAUGAGGAUGACGAAGACGAAGAAGACGAUGAAGUGUUUGUUUAUCGAGGCCAGGAUGCACCAGAAGAUUCAAGUUCUCCUGUGGAUGGUACUGCAGAACAAGAACUACCUAUCAAAGAAUCGACGGCGUCAAAUGGCGAAGCAAGCCAUGAGGAGCAGCAACAACAACAACAACAACAACAAACAAACGGCAUUGCCAAAACCGAGUCCCCAGAAUGCAGGGCACGAGAAGUUGAGCUAGCAGCAUCUUAUGAGAGCCAAAUACGACAGCUAACGGACAAAUUACAACUUGCCGACAGUAAAGCCGUACGAUUUUCGAAAAUGGUGGAUACACUGAAGGAUCGAUUAGAUGCCGAAGUUGAGGAAAAGCAUGGCCUAAUAGGCGAGACCGAACGACUGGCCAAAGAGUUGAACAAGACACAGGAAUUAUUGGAUACCACUGAAAAGAACUACCAAGAACAACUUCGAGAUAUGACUGAGCAGUACAUUGCUCAAAUUCAACAAGCACAACGAUAAAUUAUUAUAUUUUAUUAU